AUGGCAUCAGUUUUCCAGGGCCUUGAAGGAGUUUAUUAUUAUGUGGAUGAUGUGUUGGUGACGGGCAUAACACCAGAGCAACAUAAUCAACGUUUGGAAGAGGUUUUCAAGCCAAUUCGUGAUAAAGGUCUGAGGGCCAGUAAAGAAAAGAGUGUUCUUGGGGUAACGGAAGUUAUCUAUCUUAGGACAUCAGAUAAACGGAAUGGAGGUGUUCAUUUUGAGUGGGAAAUUGAACAGAAAAAUGCUUUUGAGAUUUUAAAAGAAAAAAUUGGUGAGGUACCGAUUUUAGUAUGUUUUAACAAUGAUUUAGAGAUCAUAUUGGCGGUUGAUGUAUCCAACAAGGGUGUUGGAGGUGCAUUGUUACAUUUAAUUGAUGGUUUGGAAAGACCCAUCAUAUUUUUUUCGAGAAAGGAUAAUAAAGAGUUAAUGCUAUCGCCCCGGUUGCAACGUUGGUUGUUACUGGUGGGAAGUUUCAAUAUGGAAAUCAGAUAUCGCAGGGGCAAAGAAAAUUGUUUGCCUGAUAUUUUAUCUAGGUUGGAAUCCAGUGAAGAGGAUCUUGACGUUAACAAAAAUAUAAUAGUGAAUAAAGAAAGAGCAUUAAUUUGUUCUUUAUCAUAUAUGUUAAAGGGUGGUCCUACGAAUUGGGAGGAUCUUAAAAGCAAUACCUUAAGGGAUAAGGAAUUGAGUCGAGAAUUGUCCGUAGUGGAUGAUUGCUUGAUACGGGGUAAUAGAGCCGUUAUUCCGUUGAAAUUACGGAGUAAAAUUAUACGUUUGUUGCAUGCAGGACAUCAGGGUCGAGAUAAAAUAAAAUAUUGGGCUCGUGAGUAUCUAUCGUGGCCUGGAAUAGGUGAUCAUAUUGAAAAAUUUACGAGGAGUUGUAUUCCAUGUAAUUCGUGUGCCGCUAUGCCGGAAAGAAAUAGGCAGUUAUUGGCCCAAACCUCAAAAGCCGUGGGAGCGUUAUGGGCUAGGUUUGGGAUUCCAAAGACAAUUGUGUCUGAUGAAGGUCCGGCCUUUAUAGCUGAAAAUUUUAAAAAAUUUUGUAAUUCGUUGGAAAUAAAACCUGUAUUAGCUCCAUCAUAUCAUCCCAGUUCCAAUGGACAGGCGGAGAGGAUGGUAGCUAUCGUGAAAAAUUGGAUUAAAAAGUCCAAACAAGAAAAUAAUGAUUUAUGGAUGGCCCAUUUAACCGGGAGGGAAUUACACCAGUGGAGUUGUUUUGGGGAAGAAGGACUAGAGUGCCGUUGGAUUUCUUAA